GUGCGUUAGUGACGUCAUCAGGGCUGCGCCGUGAUUCUCUUGUUGUUGUUUGACUGCAGAAGAAAAGUUUCCAGAUACGGAAGAAAAACUCCCGAUGAAACGAGAUCUGUGUGACAAACUGCUGUAAAGAUGGAGUUUAUUAAAGAAGAGAGUGAAGACAUCAGUAUUACACAAACAUGUGGGAUAAAAACUGAAGAUACUGAAGAACAAAGAGACCUGAUGGAGCUGAAAGAGGAAAGUCAAGAUCUGAAGGAAGAGGAGGAGAAACAUCAGUAUCAGAUACCUGUUGAUGUCAUUACUGGAGAACAAUCUUUUAGUGGCUCACAGACUGAAGAAACAAAAUCCAAAAAAUCUUUCACUUGUUCUCAGUGUGGAAAGAGUUUCACUCGUCAAGGAAGCUUGAAUCGUCACAUGAGAAUUCAUGCUGAAAAGCCUCCUUACAUAUGCAGUCAGUGUGAAAUUAGUUUCAAAUGCAAAAUAUCCCUCCUUAGACACAUGCAAGUUCAUAUUAGAGUGAAAUCUUUCAUAUGCCAUCAGUGUGGAAAGAAUUGCAAAGGUAGAAGAGGUCUUGAAAAACACAUGAGAAAUCACACUGGAGUGGAUAGUUACGUAUGCUAUCAAUGUGGAAAGAAUUACACAUUGAAACAAAGUUUGAAACGUCACUUGAGAAUUCACACUGGAGAGAGGCCUUUCACAUGCCGUCAGUGUGGAAAGAGUUUCACACAAAAAGGAAGCCUAAAUAUCCACAUGAGAAUUCACAGUGGAGAGAAGCCCUUUACCUGCCAUCAAUGUGGAAAGAGUUUCAUUAAUAAAGACAACUUGAGGCAACACAUGAGAAUUCACACUGGAGAGAGGCCUUUCACAUGCCAUCAGUGUGGAAAGAGUUUCAAACAAAAAUGUAGCGCAUAUAUCCAUAAGAGAAUUCACUCUGGAGAGAGGCCUUUCACAUGCUGUCAGUGUGGAAAGAGUUUCAUAAAGAAAGCAAGCCUGAAGAGACACAUGAGAAUUCACACUGGAGAAAAGCUCUUCACAUGCCUUUACUGUGAAAAGAGUUUCACACAGAAUGGAAAUCUUAAUAUCCACAUGAGAAAUCACACUGGAGAGAAGCCCUUCACAUGCCCUCACUGUGGAAAGAGUUUCACACAGAAUGGAAAUCUUAAAAUCCACAUGAGAAUUCACACUGGAGAGAAGCCUUUCAUAUGUCAUUAUUGUGGAAAGAGUUUCACACUAAAUGGAAGCCUUAAAAUCCACAUGAGAAAUCACACUGGAGAAAAGCCCUUCACAUGCCCUCGCUGUGGAAAGAGUUUCACACAGAAUGGAGAUCUUAAUAUCCACAUGAGGAUUCACACUGGAGAGAAGCCUUUCAUGUGUCAUCAUUGUGGAAAGAGUUUCACACUAAAUGGAAGCCUUAAAAUCCACAUGAGAAAUCACACUGGAGAAAAGCCCUUCACAUGCCCUCAGUGUGGAAAGAGUUUCACACAGAAUGGAAAUCUUAAAAUCCACAUGGCAAUUCACACUGGAGAAAAGCCCUUCACAUGCUGUCACUGUGGAAAGAGUUUCACACAGAAUGGAAAUCUUAAAAUCCACAUGAGAAUUCACACUGGAGAAAAGCCCUUCACAUGCCCUCACUGUGGAGAGAGUUUCAAAUUAAAAAGAGACUUUAAUUACCACAUAGGUAUUCACGUUAGAGAGAAAAGUUUUUACAUGCCCUCAGAAUCAGAACCAGAAGGAUCUUUAUUGCCAAGUUGUCUCACAGACUCAAGGAAUGUGUCUUCAGUGACAGAAGCUUCCAAUACACCCAAACCCAAAAUAGAUUAUUCCUCUUGGUUUAGAGAAUAAAUUCUUUGACAGAAAACAUAAUUUCUACACUUAAUUUUAACAUAAUGGAGUAACAACAUUUUUAAAUUACCCAAUUAAGUAGCCUCAAAUUGUCCCUGAUGUCAUUCAUUUCAUCAGUUUUCCAUAAUAUUUAUUGUCACACUUCUGAUUUACACAAUUGUUAUGCGAGCUCGUUAAAAAUAGCAUGUGUUAACAUGCUAAAUGUUAAGUAGUUAAGAGUAAAGAGUAAUUAAGUGAGCAAAAGCUCCACUCUUUACCACAAUGGUUACCCAACGUAACAGAAUUGGUCCUAAUUCCCAAAAUUACUGAACAUCUUUGCCCUUUCUCAUCUUGCUCAAAAACAUAAAAUAACACUUCAUUUCAAAAUGUUUACCCUCCCGAUCAAGUACCACAAUGCAUGCUGGGAACUAUAAAUCCCCCCUACCCAGUUUCAGUUAUGUCAAAAAAAAAUGUAUUUAUGAAGUACCAACACAAAUGGAUUAAGUACAACUCAAUUUAUAACAUUUAAGUAGAUUGGAUACAAUGAAAGUUCAAGGAUUGUGUUGUAUAAGCUCAUUUUAAUUAUGUAAAUUGUAGGGGGCUUGGGUAGCUCAGCAAGUAAAGACACUGACUAUCACACCUGGAGUCGCAAGAUCAAAUCCAGGGCGUGCUGAGUGACUCCAGUCAGGCUUCCUAAGCGACCAAUUGGCCCAGUUGCUAGGGUGGGUAGAGUCACGUUGGGUUAACCUCCUCUUGGUCACAAUAAUGUGGUUCUCGCUCUCGGUGGGGCAUGUGGUGAGUUGUGCGUGGACGCUGCGGAGAAUAGCUUGAAGCCUCCACACGCACUAGGUCUCCACGGUAAUGCGCUCAACAAGCCACGUGAUAAGAUGCGUGGAUUGAUGGUCUUAGACGCGGAGGCAACUGAGAUUCGUCCUCUGCCACCAAGAUUGAGGCAAGUCACUAUGCCACCACGAGGACCUAGAGUGCAUUGGGGAGAAAAGGGGAGAAAAAAAAUAAAUUAUGUAAAUUAUAGAGUUUGGGUACUCAAAUUCAUACUCGGACUUGAGUCAGAGUCAAACUUGUCCUGCCGAGUCCAUGGCAUUUGUGAUGCACUAAAAAGAAAGAAUAACGACAAUGAGAAAUAAAUGAACACAGCUCUGUCUGCAUGCAACUGUAGCUCCUCCUGAUGUCGUAGAUGUUGCCAGAGUUUGUUUCUUCGUGUUCUGCAGCACACACCACACUCAUCAGUCAACCAAUAUGCUUGAAUGGAUCGAUUACCGAGAUAGCUUGCACGAUGAAAAGAAAGACAGAUAUGUAGCAACAUAUUAGAAACUUAACAAAGCAAUUUCACAUGGAACUUUACAACUGGUAAAAUCGCAUGUGGCUACUCCUUUCCCCUUUAGUGGAAGUGUUGGUGCAGUCAAGCCGGUGCGGUUUCAUUGUGGUUAAAAUAAAGAACUUUAUUAAGCCAAGUCACCCACACAAUAUCUCUCAAUAUUUACAGUACUAAAAACAACAUAUCAUGAAAUAAAAAUACUGAAAAAUAGUAUUAAUAUUGGGCUAUUAAGUCUUUUUAGGCUUAAUGUACUGAAUACACACAAGUAGGCGGUUAUUUCUGUAGUCUCUUGGUCCACGCAGUGUUGUCAGCUUGAACCAGAAACCCUAUCAUCUGGGUUAUCUAUAAAAGCUUAAUAAAUUAACUCUGUAACUUUUUAAAUAUUCAAAAAAAUCUUUAUUACUAAAGCGGACAGCAACUCUAAACUGAUUAAAUAAAACAGCACCUAUUUAUUAUUGAUUUACUGUAUUUUCAACUUGCUUAAAUGUGCACUCAGUAAUUUUUCCUAAUUUAUAAAGUUGAACUCCUUAAGACAUGAAUUGUAAUUUUGCAAUAUACACCAAUGAGUCAAAACAUUAUGACCACCUGCCUAAUACGCUGUUGGUCCUCUGCGUGCCGCCAAAUCAGUGCCGACCUGCCGAGGCAUGGACUCUACAAGACUCCCUGAAGGUGUCCUGUGGUAUCUGGCACCAAGACAUUACCAGCGGAUCCUUCAAGUCCUGUAAGUUGCGAGGUGAAGCCACCAUGGAUCGGACUUGUUGGUUCAGCACAUUCCACAGAUGCUCAAUCGGAUUGAGAUCUGGGAAAUUUGGAGGCCAGGGCAACACUUUGAGCUCUUCAUUAUGUUCUUCAAAACAUUCCUGAACAAUGUGUGCAGUGUGGCAGGGCACAUUAUCCUGCAUAGAGACAUGCCAUCAGGAAUACCAUUGCCAUUAAGGGGUGUACCUGAUCUGCAAUGAUGUUUAGGUAGGUGACACUUGUCAAAUUGACGUCCACAUGAAUGGCCGGACCCAGGGUUUCUCAGCAGAACAUUGCCCAGAGCAUCACACUCCCUCCACCGGCUUGUCGUCUUCCCACAGUGCAUCCUGGUGCCAUCACUUCCCCAGGUAAAUAGUGCACACGUACAUGGUCGUCCACAUGAUGUAAAAGAAAACAGGACUCAUUGAGCCAGGUGACCUUCCACUGCUCCAAGGUCCAGUCCAGUUCUUUUUAUUUUUGACAGCAGCUGCUGCGAGGUGCACACAGAGGCAUCAUUGUUUUGCGUGUACGUGCAGCAGUGAGCAGAACUGCCCAACAUUGUGCCGUUUUCUGCUAAUUAAAUAGAGACUUGCGACUGUCAUGUCCCAUGCGAAAUGACCCUUAUCAUUAUUAUUAGGGAUAUUAAUACUAAAAUAAAUUGAAAGGACAAAUUGAAAAUGAAGUAGAAAUGAAAACUAAAUUAAAAUUCGAAACAAUAAUAACCCUGGUUGUAAUGACUAACACACCUGUUUUAUUUUCUAUACAUUUUCACUUUCUUUAGUCUAUGUUUGAGUGGAGGGGAAAAAGUGACAAAUUAUUGGAAUGUCAACGGGAUGCAAUAAGAAGCGUGUUGGAGGACAGUUCUGUCUUCAUACACUUAAAGCAUUUGCUUUUGUUCUGAAACCAUUUUGACGUUUAUUCAGCAGGAUACUAAUAAAAUAUGUAGACAUGAAAUAACUAGAGGUAUGUUUUUGUUAAAUUUAUAUUGACAUUUUUUCUUAGUUUUAAAUGUUACAAUUUUAUUUCAGAUUCAGUCGGACUUUGACUCAAUCCAGAUCAACAGCAAAGGACCUUGUGAAGAUACUGGAGGAAAACGGUCGACAUGUGUCUAUAUCCACAGUAAAACGAGUCCUAUAUCAACAUUACCUGAAAGGCUGCUCAGCAAGGAAGAAGCCACUGCUCCAAAAUUGCCAUAAAGCCAGACUACAGUUUGCAAGUGCAACAUUGGGACAAAGAUCUUAAUUUUUUGGAGAAAUGUCCUCUGGUUUAAUGAAACAAAUAUUGUGUUUCAAUGACCAUCAUUAUGUUUGGAGGAAAAAGGGUGAGGCUUGCAAGCAGAAGAACACCAUCCCAACCAUGAAGCAUGAGGGUGGCAGCAUCAUGUUGGUAGGGUGCUUUGCUGCAGGAGGGACUGGUGCACUUCACAAAAUAGAUGGCAUCAUGAGGAAGGAAAAUUACGUAGAUAUAUUGAAGCAACAUCUCAAGACAUCAGCCAGGAAGUUAAAGCUCGGUCGUAAAUGGGUCUUCCAAUGACCCUAUGCAUACCUCCAAAGUUGUAGCAAAAUAGCUUAAGGACAACAAAGUCAAGGUUUUGGAGUGGCCAUCACAAAGCCCUGACCUCAAUCCAAUAGAAAAUUUGUGGGCAGAACUGAAAAAGCGUGUGCGAGCAAGGAGGACUAAAACCUGACUCAGUUACACCAGUUCUGUCUGGAGGAAUGGGACAAAAUUCCAGCAACUUAUUGUGAGAUGCUUGUGGAAGGCUACCCAAAACGUUUGACCCAAUUUAAACAAUUUAAAGGCAAUGCUACCAAAUACUAACAACAUCUUAAUACCAUGUGUAAACGGGGUCAUUGUCUCAAUCUUGUAUAUGUGUUUUAUUAUGCCUUGCAAAUGUAAACAUUUAGUCCUCUGUGAUGUAUUGAAAGUUGUUGCAAAUUUUGCUGAUUGAAAUGUUAAAGAAGGUAAUGAUAUGCAGCAAGCUAAUAUAUUAUUUUAUUUUAUUUUUUUUAAUUGAGACUUGGCUUGUGAUAGUUGUUGAAGCAUCAGUCUCAAUCUGUUGAAAAUUAUAUUAAAAAAAAUUUAUUACUGUUAUUUUCUUACUUGCAAAGGUAAGCUAUAUACUGUAGCUGUCUUGUCAAGUCAUUUUUAUUUGUAUAGUGCUUUUUACAACACACAUAAUUCCAACGCAGCUUUACAGAAAAUUAUGCUUCACAGAAAAAGAAGCUGUAAUAUACUAAUGUCUUCGAGUCAUAGUCGUGUGGUUUAUAAACAAAUCUAAUUUAAGUAAAAUUUUAACUAAAUUAAAAACCCUAUCAAUCAAUUAUUUUUGCAACUAUACAAAUAUAAUUGAUUUUAUUAUUUUCCUUCAUUUUAUGCCUCCCCUUUAUCCCUUACUUUUUUCUCCCUGCCCAGUAGGUGGUGAUAUGCACAAAGAAUGUGAAUUGGCAAAAAGAGAAGAACUUGAAUGUGCAUAGGAGGGCUGUAUAAAAAAUAUAUUUAUAGUAAA